AUGUUGCCCCUCUUCACAAUCUCAAUCACACCAGAAAAGAAAGCGGAACACUUAGAAGUCCUGAUUGACUCAGGCGCCACCUCAUCCUUCAUGCACCCCUGUACCGCGGAAUCACUCUGCCUCCCACUCAUAGAUCUCCCUUCACCCCACACCGUCACUAUGCUUGAUGGGUUGAGCCCCCAGGCUGGAAAAAUCUGGAAGAAGGCAAAUCUUACCUUCUCCUUUGAUGGCAAACAUAUGACAGAGACCUUCCUAAUCUGCAACACAGGGUCUCAUGCCGCCAUCUUGGGGUUGAAAUGGUUGGAUAGCCACAACCCGGAAAUCAAUUGGAACUUGCGUACCCUCUCCUUCCCCCACACGCCCCCAGAACAUGUGUCCAUUGCCAAAGAAGAGGAAGCUGACAAAGACCCGCUUGAAGGAGUACCCCCCAAAUACCAUCAAUAUGCCAAGGUAUUUGGGGAAGAAGAAUUCAAUAAGCUUCCCCCACAUUGA